AUGAACGUGAAACGAAAUAUACAUUCACCGGAGACUUCUUCCUUGGCACCACAGACUGCUGCAACUCGUCCUGUGCAGAGCAGCAACAGAAUGCUCAAGAGCGUCAUCGUUGUGUCUCUAUUGUCGCUCUAUGGCGUUUUGGGCCUGCAGUCACACAGCGUAUGGCCGAAAUCGGUAGGCCAAGACCUACGGGUAGAAACCGAUGCCGCGCUGUCUUUUUCCAAGAACGUCUCUUCCUGCCCAGGCUAUACUCUGACCACCCUCACGGAGACAAGCACGGGGCUCACGGCGAACUUGAACCUCGCGGGCGAUGCAUGCAACGCGUUUGGAUUGGAUAUAGCAAACCUCAGUUUACACGUCAACUACGAUUCCAACGAACGGCUUCAUGUCCACAUCUAUGACACGGCAAACUCUCAGUUUACCAUCCCUUCGUCGAUCAUUCCUCUGCCAUCGCCGCCAACCGAAGGGUACGCUGACAGGUCAGACCUCGUGUUCAAUUAUGAGUCUUUUCCGUUUGCUUUCUGGAUCACUCGCCGCUCGGAUCCAGAUGCCAUGCCUCUAUUCGAUACGCGCAUCAUUUUCGAAGACCAAUACCUACAGCUCACCUCUGCGCUUCCGUAUGGGGCGAACAUUUACGGUCUAGGUGAGGUGGUGGCGAGCAGUGGGUUCCGGCGCGAUGUCGGGACCGACGGAGGUGUCGGGACUAUCCAGACCAUGUGGGCACGCGAUGAUGCUGACCCUAUUGAUCAAAACAUUUAUGGCUCUCAUCCGAUUUAUCUGGAACACCGCUAUAACACGACAACACAAAAAGCCCAGUCACACGGCGUGUUUCUGUUUAGCUCCUCUGGAUCAGACACUCUACUUUUGACGCCGCCAAGCUCACCUGUGUCGUUGAUUCAAUACCGCCUCAUCGGCGGCACGCUCGAUUUCUACUUCUUUUCGGGCCCCACGCCGCAGCGUGUUAUUGAACAAUAUGGGGAGCUCAUCGGAUUGCCCACUUGGCAGCCUAUUUUCGGCUUUGGUUUCCAUCUCUGCCGGUGGGGAUAUUCCAACGUUAGCGAGACGAGAGAACAAGUCCAGAGAAUGAGAGAUGCGGACAUUCCUCUGGAAGUGAUGUGGAAUGACAUCGAUCUAUACCAUGCUGUACGAGAUUUCACCACUGAUCCGGUCUCGUUUCCGGCCGCUGAGAUGAGGGCUUUCACGCAAGAAUUGGCUGCUAACCAUCAGCAUUACAUUCCAAUUGUCGAUGCCGCUGUGGCUAAACAAGUGAACGCCACUGACAUCACCUUCUUGCAGUAUGAUCCCUACACCCGCGGCGUCGAACUUGACGUUUGGCUCAAGAACCCCGAUGGGUCACAAUACGUGGGUCAAGUCUGGCCAGGGUAUACGGUAUUCCCGGACUGGUUUGCAAAUAACACGCAAGCCUUCUGGACUGAAGCGCUGAGAAAUUGGUCACAAGGCGGCGUUGGAUUCUCCGGCAUCUGGCUGGACAUGAACGAAGCGUCUUCUUUCUGCGACAGCUCUUGCGGGACUGGCGCGGACCUAGCGACCCCACCCCCCACGACAUUGCCUGGGGACCCGGAUGACCCAGUCACGGAAUACCCCGAAGGGUGCGUUCUCCCGUACAAUGCUACAAUUUGGGGGCCGAGUGGGAAUAUCACAAUCAACGGCACGCUGACGUAUGGCGCGGGCGAAUCAGCAUCUACGCUGGCGAAGCGCGGAGUUGGAGCAGGCGAACAGCCGUACGUGAAUGUGAACAGCCCGCCCUAUGCGAUCCAUAAUGGUUUUGGACCCUUGAAUGUGCACACGCUGGCCACAAACGCAACCCAUGCCGGCGGUUAUGUCGACCUGGAUGUUCACAACAUGUUUGGGCUCAUGGAAGAAAAAACGACGCAUAUUGCUGUGAAGGAAAUCCUUGGCAUCCGCCCCUUCCUGAUCAGUCGCUCGACGUUCCCGAGCUCGGGGAAAUGGUCCGGCCAUUGGCUGGGCGACAACUGGAGUUUGUGGACAUACCUACAUUACAACAUUCAGGGCGUUUUGCAGUUCCAGCUUUUCCAGAUUCCCAUGGUCGGCGCAGAUACAUGCGGCUUCAGCGGGAAUACAGACGAGGAGCUGUGCAAUCGUUGGAUGCAAUUAUCAGCAUUCAUGCCGUUCUUCCGCAACCACAAUCAGCGGGGAGCGCUCUCACAGGAGCCCUACAGGUGGGACAGCGUCGCGAAUGCGUCUCGCACGGCAAUUGCUACUCGGUACUCACUGCUCCCGUACUGGUAUACCCUGUUCGCAAACGCAUCUUCGUAUGGCACUCCGGUCAUCCAUGCGCUUUUCUACGAGUUCCCCGACGAGCCGGAACUCUUCGCCAUCGAUCGUCAGUACAUGAUUGGCAGAGACAUCCUCGUUACCCCUGUUUUGACACCUAACGUCUCCACCGUUGAUGGCAUUUUGCCCGGUAGAGGGAAGACUAUAUGGCGCGACUGGUACACACACUGUGUGGUCAAUGCAACGAUUGGUGGAAAUACCACACUCGAUGCCCCUCUAGGACACAUCAACGUCCACGUCCGAGGAGGUUCUGCGAUAUUGCUGCAUGCUCAACCAGCCUACACUAUUUGGGAGACACGUCAGGGUCCGUAUGAACUACUUGUCUCUCUUUCGGCCGACGGUAGCGCGUUCGGUAGCGCGUACAUUGACGACGGAGAGAGCAUCCCGCCGACGCCAAAUCGGACCCUGACUUUCUCUGUGACGGACGGCUCGUUCAGCAUCACAAGUAGCGGCGAUUUCAACGUGGCACAAAAGCUGGAGGCAGUAACCGUUCUUGGAAUCUCCAAACCGACCACUGUUGUCGUACAGGGAGAGCAGGAUGGUGUCACUUGGGAGUUCAUCGAGGGGCAGCAGGAACUCCGCGUGCAGGGACUUGGAUGGGACUUGAACAAUGCUGCGUCCCUCUUCUGGGGCUGA